UUUCAUUUCUCUCUCUCUCUAACAUACCACACCAUACCACAAGAAAAUAGAAAGAAAUUAAAGAAACAAAACACACAGAAACAACUGAUGAAACAAGCAGCUGCAAAGUCAUCGUUGAGGAGGCUUUGUCCGAACAUUGAUAAAGAAGAUGGGUUGGAGACUGUUCUGGAAAUACCAAUACCGGAGGAAAUGUUCGCAACCAUGGGAAGCAACGUGACAGUGAGGUGGCAGAACAUGCUGACGUGGAUGAAGGCUCAAACCGAGGACAAGUUAUCAUCCCCUGCCGUUUCUGCACGCUUGAACGAGCUUCGUUUUCUUCUCUACCUCGUUGGAUCCCCUCUCAUCCCUCUUCAGGUCCAGUUAGGCCAUUCCAUCCACCGUCCUGUCAGAGAUAGUUCCAUCGAAGCAUCAACCGCUAAGUAUAUAGUGCAACAAUAUAUAGCGGCGACGGGAGGGCCGCCGGCGUUGAAUGCCGUGGAGAGCAUGUGUGUGACGGGGCAGAUCAAGAUUAGUGCUUCGGAUUUUCAUCAGACGGAAGGGGUAUUAGAAGUGAAGAAGACUUCUGAAGAGAUUGGGGGUUUUGUUUUGUGGCAGAAGGAUCCUGAUUUGUGGUGCUUGGAGGUGGUUGUUGCCGGUUGUAAGGUUGUUUGUGGUAGCAAUGGCAAGCUCUCAUGGCGUCAUUCCUCUAACCAACAAACUCCCAUUUCUAAAGGUGCCCCUAGACCUCUCCGUCGCUUCCUUCAGGGAUUGGAUCCGAGAGCUACGGCUAACUUAUUUUUGAAUGCCGCGUGCAUAGGAGAGAAAAUAAUAAACGACGAAGAAUGCUUCAUUCUAAAGUUGGAGACAAGCCCGGCUAUUCGUGAGGCCCAAGGAGGCCCAAACUUUGAGAUCAUCCACCACACCAUAUGGGGGUAUUUCAGCCAACGAUCCGGGCUCAUGGUCCAGUUUGAGGACUCUAGGUUACUCACUAUGAGAACCAAAGAUGACAAUGAUAUUUUCUGGGAAACAAGCCUAGAGUCAGUGAUGGAGGAUUAUAAGUACGUUGAUGGGAUAAAUGUGUCACACAGUGGUAAGACUCGAGUCACAGUUUCAAGAUAUGGUGAGCAAUCAAGUAACCAUAAAAGAGAAUUGGAAGAGAGGUGGAAGAUUGAGGAGGUAGAUUUUAAUGUACGGGGUUUGACUGCUGAGAGCUUUAUGCCUCCUUCUGGCUUAGGAAAGACACCAAAUACUUUAUAAUAGAAAAUAAGCCUAUGUAUU